AUGGAUUGCAGCACAUCAAAAACUGAGUACAUGAAGUGCGGACCAAGGAUAGAGGAUGGUUCAAUUCGUGUCGAUGGCACCGAAUUAAACAAGGUGAACUGUUUCAAGUACCUUGGAUCAAAAGUGACUUCCACAGGCGACAUUGAUCAAGAAGGUCGAGCACGUGUUAAUGCGGCAUGGAUGAAAUGGAAAAUGGCAACAGGAGUACUGUGCGACAAGAAAGUCCCUGUUUGA